AUUGGCUGUGCGGAGCGGGUGAGGCCCGCGUGACGGCGGCUGCGCAUGCGCCGGGCGGGUUGGGGGGGUGGGGCGGACGGCGGCGCUCGGAGUGGCCGGGAGUUGCCAGGCUGGCUGCGCCGCCGCUGCGGAGCCAUGAUCCGGAACGGGCGCGGGGCUGUUGGCGGCGCAGAGCAGCUGGCCCCGGAGGGCAGGCGCGCCGUGCGGGUGUGGUGCGACGGCUGCUAUGACAUGGUGCAUUACGGCCACUCCAACCAGCUGCGCCAGGCACGGGCCAUGGGCGACUACCUCAUCGUGGGCGUGCACACUGAUGAGGAGAUCGCCAAGCACAAGGGGCCCCCGGUGUUCACUCAGGAGGAGAGAUACAAGAUGGUGCAGGCCAUCAAGUGGGUGGAUGAGGUGGUGCCAGCGGCCCCCUACGUCACCACACUAGAGACUCUGGACAAAUACAACUGUGACUUCUGUGUUCAUGGCAAUGACAUCACUCUGACCGUAGAUGGCCGGGACACCUAUGAGGAGGUAAAGCAGGCUGGGAGGUACAGAGAGUGCAAGCGCACACAGGGGGUGUCCACAACAGACCUCGUGGGCCGCAUGCUGCUGGUGACUAAAGCCCACCACAGCAGCCAGGUGAGUAGGGGCGGAGUCCCCGAGGUCCCCGGGUCCAGGUCGCCAUGGGAAAGGAGGAGCAUCUCCCUGCUCCCUCAGGGCCCUCCUGCCCACGCUCCCGUCCCCGCCUGGUCCUGGGGUGGCCACACCUGGAGUGCAGGCCUUUCAGCCCUGCUCUGCUCUUCUGUGCAGGAGAUGUCCUCUGAGUACCGGGAGUAUGCAGACAGUUUUGGCAAGUGCCCUGGGGGGCGGAACCCCUGGACUGGGGUAUCCCAGUUUCUGCAGACAUCCCAGAAGAUCAUCCAGUUUGCUUCUGGGAAGGAGCCCCAGCCAGGGGAGACAGUCAUCUAUGUGGCUGGCGCCUUUGACCUGUUCCACAUCGGGCAUGUGGACUUCCUGGAGAAGGUGCACAGGCUGGCAGAGAGGCCCUACAUCAUAGCUGGCUUGCACUUUGACCAGGAGGUCAAUCACUAUAAGGGGAAGAACUACCCUAUCAUGAACCUGCAUGAGCGGACCCUGAGUGUGCUGGCCUGCCGGUACGUGUCAGAAGUGGUGAUUGGGGCCCCAUACGCAGUCACAGCAGAGCUCCUAAGUCACUUCAAGGUGGACCUGGUGUGUCACGGAAAGACGGAAAUAAUGCCGGACAGGGAUGGCUCCGACCCAUACCAGGAGCCCAAGAGAAGGGGCAUCUUCCGUCAGAUUGACAGUGGCAGCGACCUCACCACGGACCUCAUUGUCCAGAGGAUCAUAACCAACAGGUUGGAGUACGAGGCGCGAAACCAGAAGAAAGAAGCCAAGGAGCUGGCCUUCCUGGAGGCCGUCAGGCGGCAGGCGGCCCAGCCCCUGGGAGAGCAAGAUGGUGGCUUCUGACCUGGUGGAGACCCUGGCCAACCCUCACCCUGCUCUGCUUCUGCGCCUUCUACAUUUGGCCAUAGGACUCUGCGCCGCCCUCUCUAACUGGCCUGGCUCUGGAAAGGCUGGUGAGGACUCUGCCUCCUGCCUGCCUUCAAGGUGCCUGGUUCACAGCAGGCUCUCCGCCCUUUCAGUGAAGCUGCUCAUCGAGGGCAUCCAGCACCUGGACAGAAGCCACGCUGCCCACCCAGCUGUGGUGGGAAGUGCAGAACAGAGGGCUUUAGAGAGCAGUGACCGUCACCCCUUUAGUUCUCUGGGUGCAGACCACGCCACCUCCCACUUGGUACCCCCCAACACAGUGUCCUGCCACCUGGCACCUGCUCCAGGAAAACAUGCUUGCCUUCCUCCCUGGCAGCUUCCUGGCUCACCUUAUGGACUCUAUUCUGUUUGUACAUAAUGGCUAAUGUAAAUCUUUUUGGUAUAACUGAAUAAAGCCUGGUGGCAGUGCUGUGCAGGGU